AUGUGUAAAUGUUGGCGUAGGAGAAAUCCAGAUGAACCUCCUCCAGACGAACCUGAUAGAAAUGAUGCAAUUGAUUGGGCAGAAGUUAUUUUGUUAAUCAUUGAAGUUUUCACAUUUAUAUUCUUCAUUAUUAGCUUCCUUUCAUUAUGGUGGACACCUAUACCCUACAUAUUAUUUGGCUUACUUUUAAUACUAUUAUUAGUUAGUUUCAUAUUAUAUUUUGUGGGUUCAUAUAAUUAUCCAUAUAGAAAACAAUGGAAAUCAUUAAAUCAGUCUGAUGUUGCAUUGAUUACAGGAGGAUCAAAUGGAUUAGGUUUAGAGAUUGCAAAAUCAUUAUUAAUGAGAAAUGUUACCGUUUUUGUUAUUGAUAAAACUCCACCACCUGAAAAAGUUGAAAAAGAUUCUAAUUUCAAUUAUAUUGAAUGUGAUUUAGGUGAUGAAAUGGAUUUAAAAGUUAAAUUAUCAACUUUAAUUCAUAGUCUAAAUGAAGAAAAUAAAUAUAUUAGCAUAGUUAUAAAUAACGCAGGAAUUAGAGAUAAUAAAUCAUUGGUCAAUUUGAGAUUUGAUAAAGUUAAAUCCUUAUUUAAUGUCAAUACGAUAGCACAAGUUUUCAUUUUGCAAAAAAUUGUAUCAAAUCACUUAUCGUAUAAUGUUAAUGGGAAAUUAUCAAUAGUUACUGUAUCAUCAAUAUUAGGAACUUUUGCUCCAAAAAAUCUUUCAGUUUAUUCAGCUACAAAAGCAGCUCAAAUAAUGUUACAUGAAUCAUUACAACAAGAACUAAAACAAUUCCCUAAAAUUAGACUAAUGUUAGUAACAACAGGUCAAAUGAACACAGAAUUGUUCAAGGAUGUAAGUGCUCCAAAACAAUAUAUUGCACCAGUUGUAAACCAUGUUGAUUUGGCAAAAGAAAUAACCAAUAAAAUCGAUAAAGGAUAUAUGGGAAAUUUAUCAAGACCAUUCUAUGCUAAUUUCUUACCUGGUGUUAGAACAACUCCGUUAAUUGUUCAAGAUUUCUGUCGAUGGUUUAGUGAAAUUGACGAUCAAAUUAAGGAAACAAAAGAUUUUCAAUUCUAA